AGAAAAGCCCCCGGGGGGUCAAACGGUGCAACAUGUGACCAGGCGGCCAAUGAAUGAAGGCUGCGGCUCGAACUCGUGUCUGUCUUUCUCCGGGGCCCUCAGACGGUCUGCAGCCGCGCUCUGUGGAAGAAAGAUGCCGCCUGCUCCGGCAGAUGUGUCGAGUCCCAAGCCCGUGGACGGGGGCUGGGGCUGGAUGGUGGUGCUCGGCGCCCAUAUUUCCAUUGGGUUCGCAUAUUCCACCCCCAAAGCCCUGUCCAUUUUCUUCAAGCCGAUCAAAGAAGACUUGGGGGCCAGCUAUAGUGAAAUAGCAUGGAUUUCCUCCAUCAUGCUGGCUGUAAUGUAUGCAGGCGGUCCAGUGAGCAGCGUGUUGGUCCGUCGCUUUGGAAGUCGACCAGUGGUCAUGAUGGGCGGGCUGAUGUGUGGGGUUUCUAUGGUAACGGCCUCAUUUGGGAGCUCCAUCGUUUACCUCUACCUUUGCAUUGGCAUCAUUGGAGGCUGGGGACUCUGCUUUAACCUGAACGCGUCUCUCACCAUCAUCAGUAAAUAUUUCCUUGCCAAGCGACCGUUGGCCAACGGCCUUGCCAUGGCCGGCAGUCCGGUGUUCCUCUGCUUCCUGGCCCCGCUCAACCAGUAUCUCUUAGGACACUUUGGCUGGAGAGGAAGCCUGCUUAUCCUCGGGGGUAUGAUGUUAAACUGCUGCGUUGCGGGGGCCGUAAUGAGACCUGUCGCUCGGCACUCUGCGCCACCGAAGGAAGUGGACCAGUCAAACAACGCCAAGUCGAAAGGGAGCCGUCUGAAAAAAGUUAAGACCUUUGUGGAUCUGUCGUUCUUCAAGGAUCCGGGCUUUAUUAUUUACCUCGUUGGAAACGUGAUGUUCAUCUUUGGCGCCUACGCGCCCAUCGUGUUUUUGUCGGCGUACGCAGUCAGCCGAGGCGUAGAGGAGUACUCUGCCGCCUAUCUGCUCUCCAUCAUGGGCUUCGUCGACAUGUUUGUUCGGCCUCUCACAGGGCUGGUAGCCAACAGCAAGUGGGUCAGGCCGAGGAUCCAGGCCCUCUUCAGCUUCGCCAUGGUCUUCAAUGGCACGUUCCACCUCCUCUGCCCCCUGAUGAGGACCUACCCGCUGCUGGUGGCCUACGCUGUGUUCUUCGGAGUGGGCUUUGGGAUGGUUUUCGCACUGAUAUUUGAAUGCCUCAUGGACCUGAUGGGAAACCAGCGCUUCCCCAGUGCUGUUGGACUGGUGACCAUCAUAGAGUGCUUCCCCAUGCUCUUGGGACCGCCGGCUGCAGGGUUGCUGGUGGACAUCUUUGAUGACUACAAGUACCUUUUCUUCAUGUGCGGAGGAGUGAUCACGACUGGUGGGCUCUUCCUCUUCGUCAUGAACUUCUAUAACUACAACAGGUUAGAGAAAGCGAAUAGAGGAAAAGAAACGGAGCAGAACCGGAACACCGUGGAGAACCAGGAGCGGGCGAGCAGAGAGGCUCAGAUGGAACUGAUGGACUCUGAGGUGAAAGAGACGAACACGGCCCAACCAGAAUACUCACAGUUGGGUAGUAACUAGCUACAUUUACUCAAUUACAUUUACUUGAGUAACUUUUUUUGAAGAAAAAAAAAAGAGACAAUUUUAGGAGUACUUUUACUACGCUUCACUUUUUACUUUUACUUGAGUAAUUUUAUUGUGAAGUAUCGUUACUCUUGAGUAAAAUUUCUGGAUCCUCUACCCA